AUGGGCGUUGCGGCUCUCGCCCUGGUAGUGUUGCUGGUCCUGGGUUGCGCACUGCGCGCACUCCUGAGACACUUUGGGGUGCAGUCUCGCACCCCAGUGAGAAGGCGUCCGAUGACAAAACGGGAUGAUCUUUGCCAACUGAAGGAGGGGUCCCGGUUCUGUCAGAAAUCCAGCAGCGGCGAAGGGGGCCUGAAGAUGGAAGAGGUUGAAAUUCACGAAACGGGUACCCCGGAGGAGACGGAAGAAAACACGCGCUCCAAGACCCAGACAUCGUAA